AGACUGGCGAUUCCUUGACUAUGUCAAGGUGUGCGGAUAUUCUGGCUUGAUUAACGCCUUUUUUUCUUGGAUUGUACGGUGUUGUGUUUUUUAAACCGCACUUUUCCAAGAUGGUUAAUAAGGUUUCACCUUGAUGUGCACCAUAUCAAAGGAAUUAGCUGUUACUGUUAAAGAAGCCAUCACUGCUGUGCUAUUAUUUCUUUCAUUGACUGGAGGAAAAAUAUCAAGCACUAUUGACCCAGCUGAGAAGAAGAGCUAAGUGCCCAGAGAGAAUCUGCUCAGAUCAACUCCUAAUCCAUCCAGCACGUACCUUCCUAUCAGGACCUACCGUGGCAUUAGAUGCCUGAGAGGAACCCACGCUUGUAGCCAGGGUCUCCCAGCUCAGAAGCAUUGAGGCCCUCAGGAUCUCCCCGGACAUUCUCUCUGGUCUGUCAUCCACUAACGAAAUUGCUACUCGGUCACCAUGGGAACCGUUCUGUCUCUCUCUCCCAGCUACAGGAAGGCGUCCCUCUUCGAAGAUGGGCCAGCCACGGUGGGCCACUACACAGCUGUUCAGAAUAGCAAGAAUGCCAAAGACAAGAACCUGAAGCGUCACUCGCUCAUCAACGUUCUGCCAUGGAAGCGCAUCGUGGCAGUGUCAGCCAAGAAAAAGGGCUCCAAGAAGGUGCAGCCCAACACCACCUAUCAGAAUAAUGUGACCCAUCUCAACAACGAGAACCUGAAGAAGUCUCAGUCCUGUGCCAACCUGUCCACCUUCACCCAGGACCAGAGCACCCCAGCCCUCGUCAAGAGCUCCAGCAACGCGGUCUCGUCGGUCAAGAAGGCCCCCCUGACCAACUCCAAUGGCCCCGGCACGCCCAAAAGAGUGAUCGUUCAGGCCUCCACCAGCGAGCUGCUGCGCUGCCUGGGUGAGUUCAUGUGCCGGCGCUGCUACAGACUAAAGCACAUGUGUCCCACCGACCCGGUCCUGUGGCUGCGGAGCGUGGACCGCUCGCUGCUCCUCCAGGGCUGGCAAGACCAGGGGUUCAUCACCCCGGCCAACGUGGUGUUUGUCUACAUGCUGUGCCGCGAUGUGGUAUCCUCUGAGGUGGCAAACGAACAUGAGCUGCAGGCCGUGCUGCUCACCUGCCUCUACCUGUCCUACUCCUACAUGGGCAACGAGAUCUCCUACCCACUGAAACCCUUCCUGGUGGAGAGCUCCAGGGACAUCUUCUGGGACCGCUGCCUGUCCAUCAUCAACCUGAUGAGCACUAAGAUGCUUCAGAUCAACUCGGACCCACACUAUUUCACCCAGGUGUUUGCCGACCUGAAGAACGAAAGCCAGAAGGAGGAGGAGAGGAGCCGCUUGCUCAUUGGUCUGGACCGGUGA